AUGCACGCUCGUAUGUCCAAAUUAACGUUCACUUCUGAAGUGGUUGUGGGAUAUGUGGAUUUCACGCUCACAUCAUUCUUGUUUGUGCAGUCAUCCUCCUGUUCUGGUGAGUCCACACUGGAGCACUGGACUCGAGUUUUAGUCCAAGAUGAGUGUGUUACCCCUACUCCACUAGGGCACGUUGGGUACAUCUGGAUUUUCAUGUCUGAACAGUCGAAUGGAUUCAUGCCUGACUGCUCGAACGGUUCUGGUGGUGCUCAUCGACUGGCCCGAGUGUUAGGACUUCCCAUGGUUGCGUUGGAAACCUCUGUGACAGUGGAUACGUCAAUCGGAGAUACCGAUUCUAAUUUGGUUCCCAUAGUUGGAAGGGUAGAUCGCAGCAAAGCUGUUGUAGGCGUGGUGACAAUGGCUUUCACUUCAGGUAUCCUUACGGAGCUUCCGACGGAACUCUUUUUUUCAUCUGUUGUCAAGGAACCGGAUGGUAUGUUUGAGGUAGGGAAGACAGUGUCAGAACUUUCUGUGGACACUCUGGUUGAGAGUGAACUGGCCGCAAAAGUGCUGGUCAAAUUUCCGACCCCGAUGGACUCCAUCGUCGGUGAAGGCUGCAUUGUAUGCGUUUGUUCGGUCAUGAACGUAGUUGCCUCGCUUUUGUGUGACGUAUUUGUCGUGAUCUUAUCAGUUGGCCAAGUUGAAACCUCGACCAAUCCGACGGUGGACCGUGCGGGGCAAGAUAUCUUUGUGACAUUGAUCACCUUAAGGAGACCAUCGGAUGAAGAGUUCGAAAGAGGCACAAAGCGUUGUGGAACAAUGACCGAAGGGGUGGUGGUGGUGGCUUUUGGUUGUGAUUUUGAGACGCUCGUGUUCACGGUGGCUGCGAGUGGGGUUGGAGCUCUCUGUGGUUGUGGUCGAGAUGUCUCCGCUCGUCCGGUGGCUUGUGGCGGCACAACAGCUUUUGCCCCCGGCUUGACUGCCGAACGUGAUGCUAUAGUUGUUGGCCUGACCGUUGCUUGGACGGUACGCCGCUUUGUCUCGGUGGAGGGUGGCUGGACAACCAGUAGGACAGGACCGUAA